CCGACCCGUAUUUUUUGAUCUAGGGUUUUGAUCUGUCAAGUUCUACAACUAUAUAAUCUAAAGAAAACCCUAAUUUCGUCUUCGCCUACCUUGAGCAGAAGAGUGAGACAAGGCUGCCAAAUUCAUCAGAUACUUUUUCCUCAGAAAUGGUUACUUUCAGGUUUCACCAGUACCAGGUUGUUGGGAGGGCUCACCCAACGGAGAGCGAUGAACACCCUAAGAUUUACAGGAUGAAGCUUUGGGCCACCAAUGAGGUUCGGGCCAAGUCUAAGUUCUGGUAUUUCUUGAGGAAGCUGAAGAAGGUUAAGAAAAGCAAUGGUCAAGUCCUUGCCAUCAAUGAGAUUUUUGAGAAGAAUCCUACUAAGAUCAAGAAUUACGGUAUUUGGCUUCGCUACCAAAGUCGUACCGGUUAUCACAAUAUGUACAAGGAAUACCGAGAUACUACUUUGAACGGAGCUGUUGAACAGAUGUAUACCGAGAUGGCUUCUCGCCACAGAGUUAGGUUUCCGUGCAUUCAGAUCAUCAAGACGGCAACCAUCCCAGCCAAGCUAUGCAAGAGGGACAACACAAAGCAGUUCCACAACUCAAAAAUCAAGUUCCCCUUGGUGGUGAAGAAGGUGAGGCCACCUACCAGGAAGCUGAAGACAACCUACAAGGCAUCAAGGCCCAACCUGUUUAUGUAAUUUCUC